AUGGCAACUAAUGCGAUAACGCAAGAUACUCGCUCUGCUGAAUCUUUAAAAUCGAAUAGUGAAAUGUCGCCGCAGCAGCAACAGCAACAACAACGAACAACAACUCCUACACUUAACAAUUUGCUUCCUUCAGGAAAUGAUAGCAGUGGUGCGCCAGGAACACCAGCAUACAGUUUGACACCUCAGGGCUCACAGCAUCAACCUCAAAAUGUGCAGCCGCAGAUGCAAAUACCACCACAUAUGCAACAUAUGAUCGCACCACCACAACCCAAUUUCGCUACGAAAGAAGCAGCCGACAGACAGUUGCGUGAGAGGUUUGGCUCAGUAGCACUUUUGCUUCAUCUUUUUCCUUUCAUGUCAAUCUUACUUGCUUGCGAUGACAAACUUACAUUGGCAGAAGAAGAUGGCUGGCUCUUUAAAUGCAUUGCUGUAUGUGUAUGCGCCAUUGAUGUUGAUGAAGUAAGUGUUGGAGGAGGAGAUGGCUUUGUGGUACGAGAGGAUACGGUGGCAGAAGUAACAGCACUGGCUGGCAGAAGGAAGGGAAAGUGCAUUGAUUGCGAAGACCGGUUUCAAAGCAACCCAUGCUGGCUUCUUACUGUGUUGUAA